AUGAGGGACGGAGAAGCUAUCACAAAAUCUGUAGGAUUGGUGGAUAGGGAUCAACCGAGACGUCGAAAGGAAGAGAUCCUAGCAACCAACACCGCUCUAUGGAUGUCACGCGACGGCCUCCUACUCUGCUUCGCGACCUUCAACGACACCUUGGUCAGCGAGCUCCGGUUUCCGUGGUACGGUGGUUCCCCAUCGGCCACCACGACCGGUAGCAGGUUGUACCCGGAUAUCCGGUCACUGAGGUACCCUCGACCGGGUACUGCGAACCCCCAGGUGCAACUGACCAUCGCGGAUUUGGCCGAUACGGGGAACGUGAAGAUGCGCAGGGUUAUACCGCCACCGGCGGUUGCUGGCAGCCUCACAGAAAUCUCCGUGGUUUGGAUGAAUAGACCUCAAAACUUAUCUGUCAUCACGAUAUGUUCGAGUCCCAAGUGGGACUGCAGAGAGACUCAGCGUAUCACAGUUGCCGAGUCCGCAGGUUGGGUAGAUGUCGGAGACGCACCGCUAUUCGCCCCAGACGGCAGCGGAUGGUACGUGUCAGUGGCGCCGGUGCGGGACGGGCCGACGGCGGGUACCUUCAGGCACGCUGUCGCAGUGGACGUUGCUAGAAAAAGGGCGGUACCACUGACGCACGGGCGGUACGAGGUCAGCAGAAUCGUCGGAUGGGAUAGGUCGAACGAUGUCAUGUAA